GGUUGCGGUGCGGGCGGCGGGCGGAGCUGGUCCCGUUGUGCUGCGGCUCCGCGCGGCCUGCAGUCCCGGGCCCGCGCCGCCUGCCCGCCAUGGAGCCCGGCCCCGACGGCCCCGCCGCGCCCGGCCCCGCCACCAUCCGCGAAGGCUGGUUUCGUGAGACAUGCAGCCUGUGGCCCGGCCAGGCCCUGUCGCUGCAGGUGGAGCAGCUGCUCCACCACCAGCGCUCGCGGUACCAGGAUAUCCUUGUCUUCCGAAGUAAGACCUAUGGCAACGUGCUGGUGCUGGAUGGCGUCAUCCAGUGCACGGAGAGAGACGAGUUCUCUUACCAGGAGAUGAUAGCUAACCUGCCUCUCUGCAGCCACCCCAAUCCCCGAAAGGUACUGAUCAUUGGUGGUGGAGAUGGGGGCGUCCUGCGAGAGGUGAUAAAGCACCCCUCGGUGGAGUCAGUGGUCCAGUGCGAGAUUGAUGAGGAUGUCAUCCAAGUCUCUAAGAAGUUCCUGCCAGGCAUGGCCAUUGGCUACUCUAGCUCAAAGCUGACCCUACACGUGGGCGACGGUUUUGAGUUCAUGAAAAAGAACCAAGACGCUUUCGAUGUCAUCAUCACCGACUCCUCAGACCCUAUGGGUCCUGCUGAGAGCCUCUUCAAGGAAUCCUAUUACCAGCUCAUGAAGACGGCACUCAAGGAGGAUGGGAUCCUCUGCUGCCAAGGUGAGUGCCAGUGGCUGCACCUGGACCUCAUCAAGGAGAUGCGGCAGUUCUGCAAGUCGCUGUUCCCUGUGGUGGGCUACGCCUACUGCACCAUCCCCACCUACCCCAGCGGCCAGAUCGGCUUCAUGCUGUGUAGCAAAAACCCAAGAACCAACUUCCAGGAGCCCGUGCAGCACCUGACGCAGACACAGGUUGAACAGAUGCAGCUGAAGUACUACAAUUCUGAUGUGCACCGCUCGGCCUUUGUGCUACCUGAGUUUGCCCGCAAGGCCCUGAAUGAUGUGAGCUGAGCCCAGGUGCCACUGCCAACACCGCCCAGGAUCUUGGACUGGACCAGGGAGCCUCCAGGGUACCCGGGCCUCCCCAACCCUGGACAAGACCCCGUGCUGGCUCGCCCACCACCCAAGUGUUACAGGCCCCAGAAUGCUGCCUGGCCUGCCCUGCUGGGCGGACUCUGUGUUUCUGUGUCUGUCUUUCUCACUGUGGCAUUCAGCCCCAAGCCUAUACCAGCUCUGUACAGCACCGCCUCUCUGCCCUCUGUUGCCCUCAGCAAACACGUGUAUUUAUA